AAAGCGUGAAGUAACUAAAAAUAUAUAAUCAGCUUAAUCAAAAACCAACUCAAUUAUUAUUAUCAGAAUAUCAACAAUGAUAUUACUCAAAUAAAAUAUAUUGCAAUAAUUUUGUAUUGAUCAUUCUACUCGUUGACAGUCAACAUGAAACUAGUAUCAAAGUCAUCAGUAUUCAAUCAAUCAUUUGUCUCAAUUCAAAUUAUUGUUGUAUUGCUUUUUGGUAUAUUUAACAAUGUCAAGCUAACAAAUGCAACAUCAUUACAUCGUGAUGUUAAUCAAGAAGAAUUCAAAAAUAAUGAGCUAAUAAAUAGAAUUGAUGGCAAUGAUGAUGUUGAUGAAGAUGGAAACAAAUUAUGUAUUUCUUGUAAAAUAAUGAAUGAUUUAAUAGGCACCAUGAAAACACUGAUGAAUAAACUUGAAGAUGUUAAUAGAAAACACUGCAGUGGUAAAUAUCCAUCAAUAAAUAAAAGAACACAUGAUGGUAAAAAUCGUGGUGCAAGAGCAAUGACACAAUGGAUGGCAAGUGAUGAACGAGAUAUACCAGGUGGUUUCCCAGGAAAUCAUAAAAGACCUCCAUGGCUUAAUCGCAGAAACAAUGUUAAUGGACAAGAUGAAUCACCAUCAGGUACUAAUCAACAACAAGAACCAUCAGUUGAUAGAGAACCAUCACCAUCAGCAUUACCACCAAGACCAAGAUAUCGUAUUGAUCAACAAAAAAAUCAAAAUACAAAUACCAAUUUUAAUUCACUAGGUCAAUCAGCUGAUGUUGAUGAUAAUGAUUUUUCUGAUAAACAACAAAAAAAUCCAGCAAACACACAAGGAAUAUCAAGAUUAUUAAAAGAUAAAAAAAAUAAUAAUGAAAAUGAUGACAAUAAUAUUUCACCAACUUAUAUCAUUGAUGAUAAUUAUGAUCAAGAACAUGGUAAAAGUAAAAACAAAGUUGUCUUUGUAUGCUCAAGAAUGAAGGAUACCAAAAGAAAAAGACAAAUGGGUGAAUUAAAAAAUAGUAAAAAAAAUUCAUACAGAAAAAAUAAUGACAUGUCAUCAAACGAAAAUAAUAAUAUUAAUACUAAUAUUAAUGUAAAUAGUAAUUCAUUUCGUAAAAAUCGUAAAACAAUAAUAACACCAACAACUGAAAUGAUUGCUUUAAAUUCAAAUGAUACAGUUGCACAUAAUGAAACUGAUUUAAAUAACACAACAAGUGCCAAUAAUGAAGGUACUUCAAGACCAAUGUAACUAUAAUAUGAUACAAUUAAAUUAUGAUGAUGAUGAUAAUAAACACUUAAUAAAUAAUAAUAAAUGAAAAUUUGAAAAUAAUAUUAUAAUGUUGUUGUAUUUAUUUUAAAAUAUAUUAUCACUAUUAUUAAUUUAAC